CAAAAAAAAAAACAAACAUUUAGGAGCAAUAGGAGGCCGCGAUGUUUCCACAAUCGAAAGAACUGUCAGUCGAGGGGACAUUGAUGGUUGCUUUCAAAUCCUGACAAGUACCUACUUAUACAGGGCUUGAGUGAAUGGGCUGACUUUUUUCAGUCAGUCAAUGAAUUAAUGGGGGUACUACACGCUGGGGGUCGUUGCCUCGCUCACUCUACAAUGGCGCCAUCCCCGGAGGUUCCUCCGAGCGGGCUUCCAUUCAGGCGCCUUUAAUGUAGUCAACCAGUAGGUAUUCAUCGACUUGCUAAAGCCCAUAGCUUUAUGGGAUGUCUCCUGCCUCCUCCUCUCUGGGUUGUCUCUCCGCGCUGCUAUAUCUUUUUGACAAUAUGAACCGUCCUCCUCCCCUGGGUAGCUAUAGAUAAAUAAAGGAAAAAAUAUGAAAGGGCGGAUGACUCACGCCUUCACCUGCUGAAUAGUAAAUAAAACCACUCACCACUGACACACAUUUGUCCCCGACAAAGCCGGUGGCAACUGGCAAUUAUUUCAGUCAAGCUCGUGUAGGUGGUCCACAGUCCGGUGGUCAGGUGCAUGGUGCAGGAUAUCCCUUCUGUUUGCACGUGUCCACUGCCGCCCCGCCGCCGGCCGCUGUGAUGCGCGUCCUCGGCCUGUCCCCCUGCUGCCCGCUGCUGUGGCUGCUGACGCUGCUCCCUUUCACGCAGGCCUCGUCGCUGCAGGUCCGGCUGGCUGACGCAGGGGUCGAGUUGUCACCGCAAGAGGAAGCCGCUCUCCUGUCCCGCCAUCCUGAAGACGCCAGAAAUCUUACUCAUGUGGGGGCCGACUCACCCACCGAGGAGGCCGUGGGUCCAGGAGAGCUACAGGGGGGGAAAGGCGUCGGGGGUCACCACAUCACGACCAGGGCGGCAAUGAAGACGCGCUACACUAUUGAGCUGGCGGUGUUCCUUGAUGACUCCCUUGUGUCCUACGUCAGGAAGCGAUACCCGUCCGCCAACGCCAGGAAGAAGACCAAAGAGAUCGUUAUGACUCUCCUCGCCGUAGCGAACCAGGUGUUGUCGGAUCCCAGCCUGAAGGACGCGGCUCUGAGUCUCCGUGUGGUACGCCUCAAGUUCCUGGGUCGCAGCGCGGUCAGCAAUGGGGGCGGGGAGGCCGGCCUUUACCUCAACAACUUCUGCGCCUGGCAAACCCCUAAGAGCACCAAGCGGGGUGCGAGGCGCUGGGACCACUCCUUGCUGCUAACGGGGCUGGACCUCUACUCCGAGCAGCCCUACGCAAACAAGACCAUGGGCAUGGCCUUCGUGGGGGGCAUGUGCACCGCCGACCACUCCUGCUCUCUCAUCGAGGCCACCAAGUUCACCUGCGCCUACACAAUCGCGCACGAACUGGGCCACAGCUUGAACGUGGUGCAUGACGGGGACCCGCCGGCCGAGGCAUGCAGCGCCACGGGACACCUCAUGGCCGAGUCCCUCAACGACGGCGGUCACACGUGGUCCUCGUGUUCCAGGGAGCAGCUCAAGGCCUUCCUCGACACGCACGGCACGUGUCUGACGGAGAUGAGUUCUGGUGGUGGUGGUGGAGGGAACAUCGACGCCAACAAUGCCUUCCUGCACGCCGACCUCCCCGGCAGGACAUACGGCGCGGACCAGCAAUGCCACUAUAUGUACGGCGAGGGCUGGAUGUACGCCGCCGACCAGUACCCCGACGUGUGCGCGGAGAUCUGGUGCGUCAACGGGCUGAGGCUGCGGAGUCCCGGGGUGUCGGCUCUGGACGGCACCAGCUGCGGGAGUAACAGGAUGUGCUUGAAAGGACGCUGCAAAUCGUUUAGAACCGCCCUCAAGAUCGCGAGCAGAAAAGAGCAGCCGAAGGGGAGGAAGGAAAAUAUGAUGAAGAAGCUGAAGAAGAUCGUGAAGAAACUAACAAAGAGCCGCUCUGGGGAAGGGGACGAAAAGGAAGAAGUGAAAAAUGGAUCAGAGACAGAGCUGACAAAACAGACUUCGGAAGAGAACGAGGAUACAAUUGGAACUGCAGGAAGAGAGAAGGGAAUGGAGGAUAAGGAAGUGGAAAAGGCUGAAAAUAAGCAGGGCGUAAAUGAGUACAUGGACUUACUUAGAGCAUUGUUGGAGGAGAUGCAGAAGUCAGUGCAGGAGACCGAAGGGAAGACGAACUGGAAGAAGAGCAGCGAAAGGGAGAACAAAAUGGAUCCCUUGUGGUGGAUGGGAGGAAAAGGAAAACGAGAGAAAGAAAUAAAGACGAAAACACAAAAGCAACCCAUGGAAGGAGAUGAAGAUAGGAGAAACAACUUAUCCAGAGACGCAAGAGAAAACGACGAUAAGAGGGAUAAAAAGGAAAGACGGAAACAAGUAAAAGGAAGCAAAAAGGACUUGAAGAGACCUCGCAGGGUAUUGGGGAGGUCCGGAUGGCGAAACCCUCUGCCCAACGUAAGCAAGUUCGAAUCCCCGACCCACCUCAUUAUUAAGGAAAGGAUGAAUUACGUCAAGGGCAAGGGAUGGAAGAUGCACAUUCUCAAGAUACAGAAAACCAAGAAAUUGUCGAAUAGAAGAGUCAACGUGAAAAAGUACACGGUCAAAUGCGACGAGAACCGAUCAAACUGCAGAAUAGCGAAGAGACAAACGAAGAAUAAAGUACGAAUGUUGGGCCCAAAGGCAAAGUCUCGAAAAGGUAAGAAAAUACAAAACAGAAGAAUCAAUAUUAAAAACUCGAAUCGGAAACCCGCGAAGAAAACAAAGACACUCGAUGCCUUACAAGAGGACCGUCACACCCCAACGAUAAUCAGGAGUGAAGGAACAUUAGCUGAAGAUCCUUGUCGGCCGCGUAGGAUUAAAUACACCACGGGAAAAGGAUGGUUAGUUAAGGUAUCCAGUGACUGCCUGAGACCAAGUAAUGCGACAACAGAGCCCGUCAUCGAGUAAAAUAUAAUGAGGUGGAUGACAAGAAGAGAUGAUAGGCUAUUUCUGAUUUUGAUGUCCGUUCUGAUUCUGUCCGUCCGUCUGUCUGUACGUGUGUGUCCAUAAUUAUGUUUGUCUGUUUAAGAUGUGUAUGUGUGUGUGUGUGUGUGACCUACUAAUACUAACAUGACAUUCAUUUAAUUUCUCUACCUCUCUCUCCAUCAUCAGCUGCUUAAAUUUCACUCACUAAUAAUAACACAUUACUUUGCUCUAUAUAACUUCGCUUAUUCCAACUCAGAAAUUAGCUCUACAGAAUUUAGCGCAUUCCUAAGUGAGUGUCAGGAUUUAGGUCAUUCCAACUCUAUCUUGUGCUGUGAUGUAAUAUAUUAAUUCAUUCUGCGGCCGCCGGUGAAAGUACAAAACAGCGACACACACACACACACACACACACACACACACAGUCACACACACGCCAUACACGACAGGUCAAGGAUAACUGUUACAUAUUGUCUCGUCAGUUCGUGUCCGCUUGUUACCAGCACGCUCCGGCAUUGUUGAUUUGUCUAUUUACUUGUUCAUUGUCUACGGAUUCUGAGACAUGCUUUUAACUAUAUUAGUAAGAUAAAUGACAUGAUUUCAGAGUCGUAUUUAAUGUUGGGUGACAUUUUUAACAUUUCAAUUUCGAGACGUUUUCAUGAGAGCAGGUCCCGGGCGGAGUGGAAAAAUUUGGGCGGCUUUUCCGAUACCCUACGCCCCUGUCCACCCAGCAGUGAAUGGGUACGAGGUAUUAAUCGGGGGUUGUGUCCAGUCUCCUGGGGUCCGUUCCCUUCUCCUAUAAUUCCUUCCCCCUCCUGUCUCUCUCCGGCAUAUAACCACAGAUGUUGCGCCGGCUAAACGAAACUUUCCAACUUUCAUGAGAGCAGGUUGAAUGGUAGGCUGUCUCUAGGGUCGUAUUGAAGGUAAGCGGCAUUUUUAGCGUUUUUAAUUAGGGUAGGAUAAAUUGUAUACGGUUUCAAGAUGGUAUUUAAGGCGGAGUGACAAUUUUAACUGUUCAUUUUUUAGACGUUUUCAUCGUUUUCAUUUGAGUCGUAUAAGUAAAAUGUAUCGUCUAAGUUCCAUGGUUUCGGGGCCGUAGGAUUAUUGAAGGGAGGUCGGGGGGAGAUCGGCAUGUAGGAUGUUGAACCCCUUGCCUCCUCCCUGCAAUACUUGUUCUGAAAGAGAUUUUGGUACAAUUUGAUAGUGGUCUCUAAUAAUUGCAUUUCAUUUGUGUUAUCAGUCAUUGAGGGCAGUCUAUGCGGCGCCAUGACCGCAUACCCUAACCAAUCAGUCAAUCCACUGUCGAAAGCACACCGAACUACCAAAGUCUGAACCUCCCUCUCUAAAAUAUAUUGCAGCUCCCUCUAAAGUACAUUAAACCAAGGAAGUCUGAACCUGCCACCACAGUACUAAACUAACGAAGUCUGAACCUCUUCAAAACACCAAACUACCACCAAACAAGACUUUAAAAGGAGUUUGUGGGAUUUCCAUGAGUAGUUUUAAGCCACUGGUUGUAGUUCAAUCAUUCUUCUGUACCAUAAGCCUAAAAUAACACUCAUUAGAACCCGAUUAACCUCCUUUUUGGCUUUUGAAAGUAGUUGACGUAUAGAGUCGAAAGCGUCUGAUAUAAUGCCGACAUGAAUCUCGUUCCAAUAUACAUACAAUGAACUAGCAACGUCUUGAAUCUCCCACCACUACCAAUUCCCAGACUCUGCCCUGCUUGGUGUAAUUAAUGUUUCUGAAGUAAGGCAAUAGGAUAUGAAGUUGUACACUACUUUAAUGUUCAGUUUAAAUACAGGGAUGUAGAGUGUGGUAAGGGAAGUCUGUGUGGAAAUAAUCAAAGUAGCAUAAUAUAGCCUACUUCUCCAUUGUUUAGACGAGAGAGAGAGAGAGAGAGAGAGAGAGAGAGAGAGAGAGAGAGAGAGAGAGAGAGGACAUCCUUUAGGUCAGGGUGACGUCACGGCCUGCAUACGUUCCCCUCAUUCCGGAAGUAACGUUUUGCAAGUCACUCCACACAAACGUUGGUUAGAGUUGUUGUUGUUUUUGGUGGUGGUGUUCUUGUUGUUUGUGCAUGAAAACAUUGUAAUUAUUAUUAUUAUUAUUAUUAUUAUUAUUAUUAUUAUUAUUAUUAUUAUUAUUAUUAUUAUUAUUAUUACUAUUAUUAUUACUAUACUUAUCUAUCUAUAUUUAUUUUUUUAUUUAACUUUAUUUAUGUCUAAUUCCAUGUUAUGUUUUAUCUAUAAUUUGUAAGUUAUGUAUUUUUUAAGAGAGAGAGAGAGAGAGAGAGAGAGAGAGAGAGAGAGAGAGAGAGAGAGAGAGAGAGAGAGAGAGAGAGAGAGAGAGUAACUCGCCGUACCUCAUAAGAUUAGUUAAUUAUUGAUUAUUACCCUGUACGUACACGUGUGAUUGUGGGAUGGAUGUUGUUUACUUUUUGUUUGAAUGACUUAGUUUUUAUUACUUGCAUCAGUGUACACAUAUAUAAUAAAUAUCGCAU